AUGACAGUGGAAUCUACAGUUCAACUUCAGGAAAUACAAAAUUUGAAAAGGAGGAUUGCAGAAUUGGAAGGCAAGGAAACUCGUAUUGACAUGGAGAAGAUUUCCAAGAAAAAGGAGAUUGAAGAAAAGUACAAGGUAGAAAUUCAAAGCUUGUUGUCAGACCCAACAAUCUUUGAAAUGGAGAUGGAUCUGCCUAUAACACAACCAGUUGAAGAGCAAGAAGAAGAGAAGCAACAAGAAGAGAAGAAGCAAGAUGCUCCAACACCUGAUGUUCCUUCAAGAGUACUAAGGCUGAAGAAUAGAGAAAGAAAGAGGCUUCAAGCAUCUUGCUAUGUGUAUGAAAAAAAUAAGAAACCAAAAAAGAAGGCAAAAAAGGAUGAUGAAGAACUACCACAAUUCAAGCUUAUCUCUUCCGAGGAGCAAUCAACACGAGGAUCCUCAAAAUUAGAAGGUGAAAUAGAAACUGCAAUGCAAUGUUUAACACAAGAGGCAUCUCAGCCCGAUGUCACAAAUCCAAUUCCUGAUCCCCCAAAAGGAAUGAGUCUUCAUGAUUCAAUACCUGUAGGUAUGCAAGAAUCAAAUGAUGAAGAUGAAGGAAAAAAAAAGCCAACAAAGAAAAAACUAGGAUGGGGUCAAAAGAAGGUUUGGCAGAAAAUUCCAAAGGAGGACAGGGACAGAAUUCAAGAAUACUACUUAAGUACUCAACCUCGUGAUAACUUUUGGGCAGGACUCCAUAAUGAGAAAGUGACAAACCAUGAUAUCAAAGAUAUUGUUAUUGAGGCCUAUAUCCAAAUAGAGGAGGAGAUAAUAGGGCCCAUGCUGACAGAUAGUCGGGUAGGUUCGGAUCGGGCGAUGGACGAUGGCCUGCCGGUUCUGAAGGGAAAAGAAGUCUUGUUGUAG